CCUAACGUGAGUUGGUUUCCAUAGUAACGCUAGUGACGCUUAGACGGAAGUCAGUACAGUGGCUCAUAUAAGUCUAGACAAGUUAUUAUUUCGGCUUUAAAGAACAACAAUGUCGAGAAAGAAACAAAAAGAGAAAACAGAGAAAGCGCAUUCUGAGGAUGAAGCCUCGAGAAACACAGGACAGACUCCAAAUGAAAAAUUGCCCACUCUGACCUUCGAUGAAUAUCACUGCUCUGGGAAUGUGCAGAUAGACUUUCCUCGUCUUUGUGCUCUUCUGGACAUAAAGGACAUCCCAGCUGUCAACACCAAGCAACACGGUUCCACCUACACAGAAAACGAAGGAGAGGACAUGGAGGUCAGCCAGUCACAGAUCAGUGCUGCACCUUGCUGGUCUAAGCCCCGCCUCCAAAUAGAGACGGAGAAUGCAGACUCCCACAGCACCAAAAACUUGAAGAUUUCUGGAUGGAAGGUAGAUGAGCAGAUUGCCAGGGUGCUACAGAAGAUACUUCCCUCCUUUAGCAGACUGCAGAGCCUUCACUUUUGGCAGGCUGGACUGACAGAUCAAACAGUAAUGUCCCUGAUAAACACAAUACCACUGUGCUCCAACCUCAGUUUUGUAACAUUGGAGGGCAACCCUCUUCCAGAGCAGAGCUACCACCUUCUUCUCUCUGAAGACAGCCUCCUGACUCACUUGUCCCUCAGAAAUAACAGUAUAGGAGACGAGGGCGCUCGUCUGAUCGGAGCGGCUCUCUCAACAACCAGAUCUGCCAACAGGAACCUCCUAUCAUUAAAUCUGUCCUUUAAUUCUAUCGGCGAUGAAGGUGCUGCACAUAUCGCACAGGGUCUGCGUCUGAACCGGGCUCUGCUCUUCCUCUCACUGUCAAACAACCAGAUAGGAGAUGCAGGAGCUGCUCCUCUGGCCCAGACAUUAGGCGAUUUUGCUCUAACUCAUGAAGAAGUCAUGGAGAGGAGGAAGCUACUUCUGGAGAGAGCGCAGUCUUCAUCUAUUGCGGCCGAUUCUGACCAAUCGCCUGCUGACCAACUUCCCUCAGAUCCCAGCAGCUCCUCACUGAGCAGCAGCAAAGGCAAAAAGAAGGAGACCAACAAAAAAGUCGAGAAACCAGCGGCCACCAAAGAGAACCCAAAGUCCAACAAGAAAUCAGCUGAUGUGAAGGUGACUCAAAAUAAAGGCGGCAAGCUUGGGGGGAAAGAGAAACAACUUCCUGUACAGGAGGUGGAGGAGACAGUGAACCCCCUGCUGGAUCAUUCAGCGCAGUACAGGGAUGGAGAGCUUAUUCUGCCUGGAAACACGACUCUUAUCUCCCUCAACCUGGCAGGAAACAGAAUCACAGAGAAGUGGCUGCCUUUGGUUCUAAAGUCACUGCAGAUGCAAAGUGUAGGAACAGGAGGAGGCAGAGGUCUGCUUCGUCUCUGUCUGCAGAGAAACACCUUCCCACCACACUCAGAGUGUUAUGUGAAGAUAAAGGAACUAAUGAAACUUGCAGAUCCACUUGAAAAAAGCAACUCUGAGCAGACAGAAGAGGAGGGACAGGAGGCCUAGUGCUCAGAGAAUGUACCUCUGCCUUUACAGAUUUCUACUAUAAAUUAUAAAAAACAUACAUUCACUUUUUUCUCUGUCUCCGU